UGCAAGGAGUCAAAGACAAAGCUGACCUAAUGCAACUAUGGCAACAUCAGCGUUUGAGGCUUGAAGAGGGAGACAGGCUGAAAGAGGUAUAGUCUUUCUUAUGGAAGAAUAUCCAGUUAUUUCAUGAUGGCAUUUGCACCUCCAAAAAGCAUAGAUGGUCCCAAAAUGCAGACAAAGAUGAGUUCCUGGACACCCCUAAACCACCAGCUUUUGAAUGAUCAGGUAUUUGAAGAAAGGAGAGCUCUGCUUGGAAAAUGGUUUGACAAAUGGACAGAUUCUCAAAGGAGAAGAAUCCUCACAGGCCUGUUGGAACGCUGCUCCUUGUCACAACAAAAGUUUUGCUGUCGAAAGCUUCAGGAAAAAAUUCCAGCAGAAGCCCUGGAUUUUACCACCAAGCUUCCAAGGGUGUUAUCUUUAUACAUCUUUUCCUUCCUGGAUCCCCGAAGCCUUUGUCGUUGUGCACAGGUGAGCUGGCACUGGAAGAACCUAGCUGAGCUGGACCAGCUCUGGAUGCUCAAAUGUUUACGGUUUAACUGGGACAUCAAUUUCUCUCCAUCUCCCUUUGAGCAGGGGAUCUGGAAGAAGCACUAUAUUCAAAUGGUGAAAGAACUUCAUGUUACCAAACCUAAGACACCUCCAAAAGAUCGGUUUGUAAUUGCCGAUGUUCAGCCAGUUCCAAGUAGUUCUCCAGAGAAAAAGCAGUCCCCUUUGUCAGCUUUUCGGUCCUGUUCCUCUCUAAGAAGGAAGAAUAACCCAGGGGAGAAAGAACUUCCACCUUGGCGGUCCUCUGAUAAGCAUCCAACUGAUAUCAUUCGUUUUAAUUACCUAGACAACUGUGACCCCAUCGAGCACACCUGGCAAGGAAGAAGGAAAAGAAAAGAAAUGGCCCCAGAUAUCGGCCGACAGUCACACGAUAAGAAAAAUAAAGUGCAGGACCGACCCAGACUAAGAAGAGCACAGUCCCUCAAAUCCUUUCUCACUAUGUCCCUGAGUCCCAGCUCCCCUCUCAAAGUGCCAGCUCGCCUCGCCUGGCCUUCUCUGCAGUCAGCAGGACUCCCAGCCCCCGAUGCCGCAACCACGAUUCACUGCCCGGGCCUCAGUCGUUACUAUCCAGGCUCCAGAGCCGAAGCUGAUUUAAGAAUAUGAAAGGACCUUCAUCGAAAUGACGAGAUGCGCUACACGUUGGAGAGCUGGGUUUUCCUUGGCUCCUCUGUUAGAAACCCUUUCAGUUUCAGUACCUGACUGUGAAAGUGAGUCCUACAGAAGUUCAGCAAAAGAAAUUCAUGGCAUAAAUGUUGAAAAAUGUACAGACUUAGAAACAUGAUGACAGAUAUAGUGGGGUUGAUGGGAUCUGUGGUGGCACCGUUGGAAAUACUGGCAGGGUCCCAGAGGACCCAGACAACACA